AUGGAUGACUCCUCCACAGAUGAUGAUAACGCGUCCCAAACUACUGAAGAUGACCCGCAAAUUCCUGAACACGCUCCUGCACCUCCCCCACCUCCCUUAGCCGUUCCUCCUCCCCAACCUCAGCCCGGUUCUGCUCCAGCUCCUAGAGAAAAACCUCACUAUGAAUCGCGGCAUAUCCUGAAUGGCCACACCAUGUCAAUAUCAGCGGUUAAGUUCAGUCCAGACGGCACCCUUUUGGCUUCCUGCGGCGCCGAAAACAUCGUCAAAAUCUGGUCGCCCUUCACCGGCGAGCUGAUCAGGAAUCUUACCGGCCAUACAGCCGGACUGUCCGAUUUAUCCUGGUCCUCUGACAGUGUUUAUCUCGCAUCUGCUUCUGACGAUACAACGAUUCGAAUAUGGGAAGUUGAUACAGGUCUGACGCACAAGCAAUUGAAAGGGCACACCAAAUGGGUGUUUUGUCUAAACUACAAUUCAACUUCGACGCUUCUUGUAUCCGGUGCCUGCGACGGCGAUAUUAAAAUAUGGGAUGCCAGAAAAGGAAGAUGCGUGAAGACGCUGCAUGCUCACCUCGAUUAUGUGACAGCAGUUCAUUUCAACAGAGAAUCAGACCUGAUCGUCUCUUGUGCCCUGGAUGGACUAAUUCGAAUAUGGAACACGUCGACUGGGCAAUGUCUUAAAACCCUUGCUGAAGAUCAUAACGCAAUUUGCCAACAAGUGCAAUUCUCUCCGAACUCGAAGUACAUCCUAUCAACGGCACACGACAGUGCCAUCCGUUUAUGGGACUACAAAAAUCAUCGUUGUCUUAAAACAUAUACCGGUCAUGCAAACGCGAAAUAUUGUAUUUCCGCAUGCUUUAGCGUCACCGGAGGCAAGUGGAUUGUCGGGGGAAGUGAAGACCACAAGGUAUACAUCUGGGAUUUACAAACUCGUGAGAUCGUGCAAGUCCUGGAGGGGCAUCAUGAUGUCGUCGUCGCAGUUGCAACCCAUCCUUCACAAAAUAUGAUUGCCACUGGAUCGAUAGACACCGAUCUUUCAAUCAGAAUCUGGGAGGACCACAAUAGACAGGGACAUGGACACCAUACGCAAGGGACCACUACGAGAAAUUGA